GAACCAUUGCAACCCUGAUAGCAUAUGUAUUGGCGCCAAAAAAAGAAAACUGCGUAAAGAAUUGCAUAGAGAUUGAUGAGCGAGUUGUUCCAAUUAUUCAUUUAUUUGCUGAGCUUGCGUUUACCGAAAUUUAAAUUAUGGUACUCAAAGAAAAUAUACCAAAUUUGCCACCUGUUGUGAAGUGGAUUGGAAGUACCAAACAGACGGAAGUUUACGUGCCUAGAUUGGCUCACAAAGAAGUAAAAUUUUAUGAAAAGUGUAUUUAUGAAGAUUUAACACUUAGUUUGGGCGACUGUAUUCUUGUGUCCAAUGCUGAUGCUGCUGAACCGGAUACUGUAGAUGGCUGCGAUAUAGGUAAAAUAUUGCAUCUGUACGAACUACGUGAAGAUACCAAUCGUGAUCCCUACCGGGCCAUUGUCCAGUGGUACUCCCGUCCAGAAUGCGUACCUCACAAAGAGUUUGAUCGAGACGAUAUUUGCCUUGAUUUCGAUACGGAAUUGAUAGAAGAGCACCGGCCAUACGAUCCAGAUAUCUCGCUUGAGACCGUAUUUCGAAAAUGUGUCGUACUAAUUGGCGGAAUUGAGGAAUCUGCCAGGGCAAUUUUACACAAAUACAAGGCGAAAAGUAACAACUGUCCAAUGUUUGUCUGUCGGUAUAAAUUUAUUAAAGAUAAAAAGAGCUACAAAAUUGUACCUCUGGAAUGGAAUACCGAUGAAUUUGCCGCCAAGGCAGAUUCUACAGUAAAAAGUCGUAGAAAAAAAAAUUGCUCAGGCGACUCGCCAAGUGAUAUUACGAAGGAAAAGAAAUUGACACAAGUUGCUAGAAGUGCUUCAGCCCGUAAACAAAAAGUUCAUAUCGACACUGUGGUUAAAAAACGAAGAGCUUCCGUCGCUGCUGCAACGGCAUUGGAGUUCAUUGACUGCAAUGUUUUCGAAAGUGAAGGAAAAGUAUCGCCUAUUAAAAUAGUAGGUGGAAGAAAUGUUGUGCGUUUAUCAGCGAAAAAAAAAAUUGGGACGCCAAGUGAAACAAAUACGUGUUUCACACUCACCUCACCACUCGCCGAAAGGAAUAGAAAAGUGACAACACCAACCACUCGAGUUGCAAACGCACGUCGCAAUCUGAAUUUAAGUUUGGAUAAUGGUGCUGAUGCCAGUGUAGAAUCUGACUGUCUAAAUUAUUCUAUAGUCAGAACACCGACAACAUCAGAAGAACCAACCAGCGAUAUGAAAAUAAAACUUAGAUUAUCUGCAAAACAACACGCAAGUAAACUUGCAGAAAUGGAUGAAAAGUUCUCCGAUCCCCUCUCUAUGAGUCAUGCAGCUGAGCGUACAGUCAAACAUACGCCAGAGGAGAUUUAUUCUACACCUACAAAGAAAUCGAAGAUAACUAACGAUGAUGCCGAAAUAACGCCAUCUAUUCGACGCAAGAGUAUUCUUAAAUCUGCCACAAGGCGGCAAGCCGAUAGCACCCCGAAACGCAGUAUUCAACUGUCGGACAUUGUUGAAAAGCGGGUUUUCAACGAUGAAGAUUAUAUUUCCACACCAAAACGUAAACCGAAAGGAGAUGAUAAUGACAUGAAACGAUCGGCACUCAAAAAUGCUGCAAUAAUCCGCAGACGUAAUUCCACUACAGCUGUAGCAGGAGCGAUUACUCCAUCGCAGAAACUGAAAAUGAUGCGUCGUGGUGAGUUAUCACCAGCAAUGGAAAAUAGGCGCCUUACAGUUUUAGCUGAAGCGCAACAAAAAUCUGAUCUGCAAAUAGCACGUGAACGUUUGCAUGUUUCGGUGGUUCCAAAGAGUCUUCCAUGCAGGGAAAAAGAAUUUGACAAUGUGUAUGCAUUUUUAGAAGGAAAAAUACAAGAUCAAUGUGGAGGGUGUAUGUACGUGUCUGGGGUACCUGGAACUGGCAAAACAGCAACGGUUACCGGAGUCAUAAAUAUGUUACAGCACAAACAACAGGAAGAUGAAUUACCGAGCUUUGAAUAUGUCGAAAUCAAUGGCAUGCGUUUAACCGAACCACGUCAGGCAUAUGUACAAAUCUACAAACAAUUAACGGGGAAAACUGUUUCCUGGGAACAUGCGCAUUCAUUACUGGAGAAACGUUUCACUACGCCAGCACCACGCCGUGUUACAACAGUGCUUUUAGUCGACGAGUUAGAUAUUCUUUGCAACCGGCGACAGGAUGUUGUUUAUAAUAUACUCGAUUGGCCAACAAAAACUGCUGCUCGGUUGGUAGUGGUGACUAUAGCUAAUACAAUGGAUUUGCCUGAGCGGCUACUAAUGGGCAAAGUGACUUCUCGUCUUGGCUUAACGCGUCUCACCUUCCAACCCUACACACAUAAACAAUUGCAGGAAAUUGUUACAAUGCGUUUAAGCGGUUCAGAUACCUUUAAAAGUGAUGCUGUACAACUUGUGGCACGCAAAGUAGCCGCAGUUUCAGGUGAUGCACGUCGUGCCUUAGACAUAUGUCGACGAGCUACAGAAAUCGCUGAAGCAGCCAUUCUUCCCACGGACAGCGACAACAUUAGGCCAGUCCAAAAGUAUGUUAGCAUUGCCCAUGUACAGCAGGCACUGUCUGAAAUGAUUGCAAGUGCUAAAGUACAAGCCAUAAAGAACUGCUCUCGCAUGGGCAAAAUUUUUCUACAGGCUGUACUUGCCGAAGCGACUCGAACUGGCGUCGAAGAAACAUCCUUCUUGGGUGUUUAUUCGCAAGUCGAGAAUUUGGCAGCCUUUGAAGGCAUUACUGUGCCAACACCGGGAAAUUGUUUGCGUAUUUGUUCAAAGUUGUGCGCCGAGCGUUUACUUAUCGCCGAAAGUGGACGAAAUGACAUAUUCCAAAAGAUUCUCCUCAACGUAAGCGUCGAUGAUAUUCAUUAUGCGUUACGUGUAAAUGGAAUUUAAGCAGUCAAAUAAUAUAUAAUUCAAUUUUCUAUUUUAAUUUAAAACUAAGCAAAUAUCAAUAGUCGUAAUAUAUAAAGCACUUAUGUUACAAAUUGAAUAUGUACAAGUUAAUUGUUGUCAUAAAAACCGUUAGAAAAAGUACGAUCACUCUGUAAUAUUCGUAAAACGCUUUAGGCGCGAAUACUGAGUAGAUAAAAAGAUGAUAGCGAAAGAAUAACAGUAACCAAAAAUAAAUUAGCACAGGUAAAAAUAUACUUAAUGUGUAAAAAUAAAGAAUAAAAUUUA